CAGGAAAAGACUAUCUUUUCCCCACAGUGUCUAUGUGAAUAGUUAACCGGUAGAACAUAUCUAAAUGCUUAUUUUCUCUUAACUCUUACCUAGUGUACAAGGCCGUCUGUGAAAGGACAAGAUAAUGAUUCUCGGCGCAGUCGCACUUCUCGUCAUCUCCUCUCUGCCACCAUCCCUGCCCGCCAACAUCCUCUUCUGCCAGAUAGUUGCGACAAAAUCUCAUCGCAUCAUUGCUCUGCCUUUCCUUAGACAGCUGGCGGAGAAUGGUCAUAAUGUGACCAUGAUUUCUCCGUUUCCUCCCGCCCUUGAAGGGGUGGAAGGUCUUCAUGAGAUCCAGCAUGGGUUUGCCGAGAUGGAAGAGCAACACAACCAGUUCAAAAGCAGCUCCCUUUUCGGCGAGAUGACGAAAUACGCCCGUCUCCUUCCAAGAUUGGCAAAGACGGCCUAUAGCACCCAGUGGUUCUCGCGCCUCUGGCAUUGGCGGCAGCACUUUGACCUGGUCAUUAUUGACGGGGCUUUUAAUGACCUCUGCCUGCCUUUCUUGGACGGCACCGCGUCACCCCUGGUCUACGUCGACACACCGGGCCUAGUUGUUCCCCACCAUGCUACCCUCGGCCAGAUCCACAACCCUGCCACUGUUCCAUACCUCGUCACACCUCUGAGCAUCAGCAGUAUUUGGGGUCGACUCCUCAACACGUUCUUCUACGUUACUGGUUUUCCUGUGUGGAGGUUCAUUGUCAUAAGACCCACUGAGAAUGAGGUGCACAAAAUUCAUCCCGAGGUCCAGUCAUUCUCUGAGCUAGAGAGGAAACACCUGAGCCUUAUUCUGUCCAACUCACACCACACGCUCGAUGGUCCUGUCCCGUUGUUGCCAAACGCUGUGGAGAUAGCAUGUUGCCAUUGUCAGCCGCCAAAGGAAUUACCCAAAAACAUUGCAGACUUUGUAGCAGACACAGAAGACACAGGCAUUGUCUACAUCAGCCUUGGUUCGCACGUGAAAAGUUCUAAUAUCCCAUCGCCAACCUUCAAUAGUAUCCUUAGGGCCUUAGAAAAGAUCCCUUACAAGGUGCUGUGGAAGUUUGACGAGAACGAAAAUGAAGAACAAGAAAAGUUUCCAAAGAACGUGAUGACACAAAAAUGGUUUCCACAGCAGGAUAUCUUAGGACACAGAAAUACGAAGGUCUUUGUGAGCCAAGGCGGAUUACUGAGUGUCCACGAAGCCAAGUACCAUGGCGUCCCCCUGGUGGUGCUUCCCCUCUAUGGUGACCAGCCCAGAAAUGCCUGGGCCGUGGAGGAAGGCGGCUAUGGAGUCCACCUGCCGUGGGAAGACGUCACCGAAGAGUCCUUCCGAGAAUCUCUUUUAAAAGUUGCUACCAAUCCUGAAUACCAUAGACGCAUUUCCCAAAUAUCACGGCUGGUGCACGACCAGCCGGACUCCUCCAAGGACCGGGCUGUCUGGUGGCUGGAAUACCUCCUGCGGAAUGAGGGAGCGGCUCACCUCAACCAGGAGUCUUUGGCCAGGAGUCUCUCUUGGCCGCAGGUGUUGCUCUUGGAUGUGCUCUUGCUGGCUAUCUGUCUGCUAGCAUCAGUAGGACUCUGUGCUUGGUUUGUCUUCAAAAGGAUAUUUUCCUCAGGGAAGUCCAAAGUAGACUAAAUUUAUUUAUUUGUUGAAAAUUUUCUGCCACAUCCACAUCUAAGGUCAUUAGCAGCUUAUUCAAAAUGUAUUGAUAGCGUGAGGAAGUGUAAUAUAGUUAUAUACUGUAUAAGGUACAGAGUAAUAGAACUGCAGCACGUAAUGAAUAUUGUUGAUUUAAACCAUGUGUUGU